AUGGAUACCGUGUCCCUGGAGCAUCAGAUCCAGAGCGUACAACGCCACAUCAGCUUCCUGAAAAAAGAGCAGAUGGCCCUGCUGCGAGACCUGCACCUGGAAAUCCUGAGGCUGCAGAAACGCUGCUCAGAACUGACCCAUGACCUGGAGUUGAGAGAGGCCCAGUCUCACCAGCAAGAGGCGGCGUCCCGGGAGCUGGAGAGCAAGUGCCGCGCGCUGGAGUCCCAGCUGGCUGCGCGGGCGGCGGCCAACGCGGAGCUGCGGCGGGAGGUGGCGCAGCGCGAGGCGCUGGUGUCGGCGCUGCGCUGCAGCCUGCGCGCCGAGGAGCGCCGCUUCCUGGACGAGCUGCGUCGCCGCAGCCACCGCGCCACUGUGCUGGGCACCGAGCUGCAGAAGCACACCGAGGCGGCCGCCUACCUCUCCUGCCAGCUGCACGCGGUGCGCCAGAGACUGCAGACUCCGCGCCCGGGCCCCGGCGCCGCCGCCGAGCCCCGCCGGGACUGGGCCGCCUGGGACCGCGCGGCCGGCGCCCUGGACGACGCCGAUGCCAUGCCCGACCCCGCGCUCUUCCUCUACGCCCGGAGGCCCCCGCGGCCCAGCGGCCGCAGCCCGCGCCAGCCGCCCCCCCAGGAGCCCCCGGACGAAGCCGGCCCGCAGCCCGGGGCCUGCCGGAGCCCGCCGGCCGCGCCCAGCCCGCCCGGUGCGCCCGGGGACCCGGAGUAG